ACGUGUCAAUAUUCCGGGCCAUUUUCCUAUCAAUUCGUGGAUUCCCUUUCCCCUCAUUCAAGAGAAAAAGGCGUGCCGUCCGAAUAGAAUCUAUACCAAUAAUCAUCAGCAACCAUACCGCUUAUCCUGCGCCUCAGAUCUGCGCCGGACCGAUCGUAACGGUCCUCAGCGGGUCCGAGGAAAUCGACCAACUUAAGCCCCAGCACUACCACGCCACCAGCACCACACCGCGCCCACUUUCUCUUGCUACUACACAUCUCGCAUGAUCUCUCUUUUGAACGCUUUCUAAACCAUGGGCUCGACGCAAUUCGGGAAGUUCCACGACUUCUGUCGAGAUUCUACGUUACCAGUCUGCAAUCUUUUCGUUGACAAGAACCAACCCCCUAAUGAAGCCUUCGGUGGUUGCCCGCUCACAGGCAUUACGCUUAGCGGUAAUCGAAAUCUGGGAAAUCUGGGCUCUAUUUUGCUUGCCUUCAUUGCCAUCCUAACAUCGCUUUUGCUACUAUGGAGAUCUGAGCGGAAACAGGCAGCAGUCGGGAGAAGAGAGAUACAACUGUUCUUGCUCGGUUUCAUAGUUAUCGAAAUAUGUGAAAUCUUCAGCGUUGGUGCUUUCCCUCUCGACGCAGCGGUCCGGAAAGGAUUUUCUGCAGUGCACAUUGCCGCGAUCACCGCUACAUGCUGGGUGCUAUUAUUGAACGCCUUGGUGGGCUAUCAAUUUCUCGAUGAUGGCACACCUGCGUCGCUCGGUCUCAUCUCAGCGUCCGCCUUAGUUUUCUUCAUUGGCACUGGCUAUAUUGCUUUGGAUACGGGAUUCAACUGGACCGGCGAGUUCAAGCCUGACCCGUCAACCGAGUACCGAAACAUUGCUCUAUAUGUGCUGUACCAACUUUUCCCACUUGUUUGUCUUGUGGUAUUCUUCGUUUUGGAAGCCGUGUUGGUGAUUCGGGUACUGGGCGAGUCCCGCCCUAUGCUUUACUUAUCCGGCGCGGGCUUGCUCUUUGCUAUCGGUCAGAUUUUCGAAUAUGUCAUCAGCACCCACAUCUGUCAGGCCACGAGCGGGAAGAUCAACGGUGCAUUGUUCGAGACUCUGUUCACCCUCCUAUCAGUAGUUAUGAUUUGGAUCUUUUGGAGCAGUAUCACCGAAGACGAUUGGCCCAUGCCAACGGGGCCAACCAGCGGAUACAACUAGACGAUUCGCCUCAGGCUACUUGUUCGUUCACUUCUUCAAACCGAGCUCUAGUGAUCCUUCGCCCCAUCUUGCUCCAUGACGAUCCUUGACCGACUAUAGUAUUCAAACCAGCUCACGAUCCUUACCUCCGAAUGCUCGAUGCCUGUACUCAACUCCUGAACUCCUGCUUUUGAUGCAUUUUAACGGAGUCUCACAGAGAGACCUGUUUCGAUACCAUGCUGAUACUUUGUUCUAUAUUUUUUUAUGCUUCAUGAUUUGUUUGACGUGCCUCGGUGUGGUCUAUGCUUGCCUACGAUUUUACUGCUUCUUUCAUGAUGUGGAUGUGAUUUGCUUAUCUUCAGCAGCAUCUGGUCACUGUUGGUGUAUUCCCUUUAUCGUUAGAUACCUAUUUGCUUGUAAUUACUGUAUGCCUUACGCUACAUAAUUGAUCCUUAGCCUUCAA